AUGACUGAACCCAUAGAUCCGAAGUACCCACGCGUCAUCGCGCGUGGCAACUUCCAGAAAGAGACAGAGAACCAGCUCUCUGUUCGAAUGGGCGAAACCUUGUACAUCAUUUGGCGCGGAUAUGAACAAUGGCUAUUUGUCAUGAACGCCAACAGGGAACAAGGCUUCGUAGACCGAAAUUGGGUCAUGGAGAUGCUUUUGUAA